AUGCUGAUCUCUACGAGGGAUGCUUUUGAGAAGCGCCGCAUCACCCGCGAGGAUGGCAUAGAUGUGUUGCCUCGUCAAAUGAUCACAGUGGCCGCUCUCGAGGCUGGCUACUGCCUGAGGUCGCCCACGGUUGGCGAGGCGGUGAGCAAGACCACGUAUCCUGGUCAGAUGACUGCCUACGAGUUCACCGAGUUCUGCGAAGAUAACAGGUCAUCUCUCAUGUCGGCUGAGGACAUGGCGAAAUGUGUUGUUGUGGUGGCCCCGGCGUGUAUUAUCACACGCAGGUCGCUGGAGGAAAUCGUGACCAAGAGCAGCUUCAAGAAAGAUGCCCUGUCCGAAGAGGAGGUGGACGCUCUCUUUAGCAUCCUAGACGCUGAAAACAAGGGUGCUAUCACUGACAGGGACUUCAUGCGUGCUCUUUACGGUGAGACAGGUGUGCACUGCCUUGCGGCGCGCCGCAAGCUGGACGCACUGGAGGCUAAGCGUCGGGAGCAGGAGGCCCUCGACCAGGCAAGAGUGGAGGAGGAGGAGGAGAAGAAAGCCCCUUCCGAAAAGGAGACCCCCAAACCCCUGGAGAAGGAACAGAAGAAGAAGAAGGCUUCUGCAUGCUGCUAA